AUCAUUGGUUGAUCUAUGUACAUGUUAAUUUAAUUUAUUUCCUUAGGGCUAUUUGAAAAAGAUGCGUUUACAUUCGGAUUUAUUUUGUGACAAACAAAUUGAAUUAUUAAUGGGAAAUAUUGAAGAAAUCUAUCAUAUUCAACAAUCAUUUUUUCAUUUAUUAAAAUUAUCUCUAAAUGAUCGAAAUCCACAUGAAAGUCUCAUUGGAAAAUGUUUUCUUUUCUAUAAAGAACAAUUUAAGAAAUAUUCAGAUUAUUGUAUUAAUCAUCCAUUAUCAUGUUUAGAAUUGAUUAAACUAGAAAAUAAUCCUAUCUAUCGAGAGUUUUUUGAAACAUGUCGAUUAGAAGCGAAUAUGAUUGAACUAAAAUUAGAUGCUUUUCUUCUAACACCCAUCCAACGUAUAUGUCAAUAUCCAUUACAAUUAAAUGAAUUAUUAAAAUAUACUCCAUAUGAACAUAAAGAUUAUAAUAAUAUUAAACAAGCAUUAAAUACAAUGCGUGAUGUUGCGAGUUAUAUCAAUGAACAAAAACGACGUAUGGAAUAUGUGGAAAUUAUUCAUAAAUGGCAGCAUACAGUUGAAUGUUGGCAGGGGAAAGAUUUAGUUGAAACAAGUGCACAAGGUCUUGGACGUGCUGAUGCGUUUUUAUAUCAAAAUGGAAAAAAAGAACCAGUAAUUUUGUUUCUUUUUGAUCAUGUACUUAUUAUUUGUAGAAAGGAUCGACGAAAUACAUUGAUUUAUACUGAUCGAGCUGAUUUAGAUAAUACAGAAAUUGAAGAUCUUAGAGAUGGAAAAGUAUCACGUUUAGAUGAAGAAAAUCUCGUUCAUUUAUUAAAUGCUUGGCGUUUGUAUGAUCGUACACAAAAUAAAACUUAUUUAUUUACUCAUCGAACACCAUUAGAUAAAAUGCAAAUGAUGGAUUCAUUAGAAUAUGAACGAGCAUAUGUCGAAGAAAAUUUAUCAAAAGGUUUAGACAUUCCGCUUUAUACACGAAUAGCAACACUUAAAACUCGACAAUAUCUUGCUGAUCAAUCAUCAUCAAAAUCACUUCCAACAAUGACAAGGCAAAAUCGUUCGAUUUCAGCUAUACUUCGAACAAGUAAUUCAUCAUGUAAUAAUCAAGCAUCAUUAUUAACAACCGCUCCAUUACCAAGACGUAAAUCAUCAUUACCAAGAUUUGUACGUUGUUCAUCACCGGAUACAUCAAUCGAUGAUAGUUUUCGUUCAAUAAAAUCACGUUUUCGCUUAUGGUGA